AUGGGAGGCGAACGGAAGAUCAAGUCUGUAGCCAUUAUUGGCGCGGGCGCUGCGGGUGCUGUUACCGCUGCAGCUUUUCAAGCGGAAGACUACUUUGAAAGAAUCCAGGUAUUCGAAAGAAGAGAGUCCGCGGGCGGAACAUGGAUCUACGACCCAAGUCCAUCAGAGCUACCUCCACUCCAACCCGGGAGCCUCCCGCCCGAUGUCGAUCCCGCAGUGGAGAUCCCGGGCGAGCUUCCCCAGGUCAAGCCCCAUAGUCAACAAGAACGCUACUCGCAGACCCCGAUUUAUCACUCAUUGACAACCAAUGUCCCUGACAUUGCGAUGUCAUUUUCGGAUUCCAGGUUCGCUUACGGACCAUUUGCGCCGCAUUGGAUUCCACGACAAUAUAUUGAGAACUACUUUUCCCUGCACAAGACCGACUCAAUACUGGUACUAAACACCACAGUUGAGGAUGUGACAAGAAUUCCGGCCAAAGACAGGCCCGAGCAGUGGAGGUUGACUCUACGCAAGUUUGACGCUGCGCGUAACGUCGACGUUUGGUGGCAAGAGGUGUUUGAUGCAGUAGUUUUCGCCAACGGCCACUACUCGGUACCCUAUGUUCCUCACGUCAAGGGUCUGGACGAGUACAUCAAGAGAUUUCCGGGCCGCGUCGUGCACUCCAAGACCUACCGCACCCCACAACCUUACACCGGAAAGAAAAUUGUUACCAUCGGAAACUCCGCAUCUGGCCAUGAUGUGACAGAAGAACUGGUUCAGACAGUCCGUACCCCCGUUUAUCAGUCCCGGAGGUCCAAGUCCCGCUGGGAUGGCGACGAACCGCCUCCGGGCAUCGCUUGGAAACCGAUUAUCAAGGAGUUUCGUCUCGACGGGCGUGUAAUUUUUGAAGACGACUCAUACCUCGACGAUGUCGAUCACAUCAUCUACUGCACAGGCUAUAAACCCUCUUACCCUUUCUGGAACUCGGAAGCCAAUGGAGGAAGAGCCUUGUAUGAUUAUAAAAGUGGGAAGCUUAUCAAGACUUUCUGGCAUACCUUCUUCCAAGAUUUCCAGACGUUGGGGAUUGUUGGUAUGCCAAGGGUUCUCACGUUCAGGAGUUUUGAGUAUCAGGCCAUCGCAUUGGCAAGAGUGUUUUCUGGCAGAGAGUCCGUUGCAUUGCCGUCCCUUGAGGAACAGGAGCGAUGGGAGAGGGAAAGGGAAGAGCUCGUCGAGAAGGAAGGCAGAAAAUUCCACGACAUUGCCUGGGAAACUGGCGAGACGUUUGAGUGGCUCAACUGGCUGUUCCGUGUCGCCGGUCUUCCGACGCUAAGGGGCAAGGGGCGGACGCCGCCUGUACUUUCCGAGGAGCUAAUUUGGGCGGUCGAGCAUCUGAGGAAAUAUCCUGAGCCUGGGAACCCGGAUAAUGAUGAUGAUGAGAAUCAGCGGAACCACAAAGGAGCGCAGAGUCCGGGUCUUCACGAGGAAAGUCAUCAACAAGACGAGCAAGGACAUAAGGGAAAGUGGAAGCUGGCUCAGAGGCCAAAGAAGGACCUACUGGAGUUUAUUUAA